UCUCUCGUUUCUCGUUGUGUAAAUAGCUGUAGGUACAGUAAGGCUGGAGGCCAGCGUGCAUCUUUCUCCUCAGUAUGAGUGCAGCGGCAGAGAGAGACAGCCUCCUCCGUGGAGCGACGAACUGGCCCAAAUGUCCCGACACAUCUACACUCGACACGGGACAAACGACGGAGCCGCUAAAGCCGUCUUUCAGAUCAACAGAGGAACCUAUUCCCGCCGCAGCCGUCUUAAGCGGUCCGAUGGCAGCACUACUUCCACAAGCUUUAUUCUCCGCCAGGGUUCAGCUGAUUCCUACACGAGCAGGCCGUCUGACUCAGAUGUGUCUCUGGAUGAAGAGCAGGGUGGCCGCCAUGAGAGAGAGCAACAGGCCAUGGUGCAGCUGGACAGGGCUAAGGCCAAAGCAGUGGCCUUUGCCGUGAAGACGAAUGUCAGUUACUGUGGUGCUCUGGAUGAAGAUGUUCCUGUUGCUGGAACUGCCAUUUCCUUUGACACUAAAGACUUUCUUCACAUUAAGGAGAAGUACAACAAUGAUUGGUGGAUUGGGCGAUUGGUAAAGGAAGGGUGUGACAUUGGUUUUAUCCCCAGCCCUUUAAAACUGGAGAAUAUCCGUCUUCAGCAGGAGCAGAAGAGGGGACGCUUUCAUGGGAAGUCCAGCGGAAAUUCCUCGUCCAGCCUUGGAGAGAUGGUGUCUGGCACCUUCAAAACUAAUCCUCCAUCUGCAGGUAAACAGAAGCCAAAAAUGGCUGAGCAUAUUCCUCCAUAUGAUGUUGUUCCUUCCAUGAGGCCAGUGGUUCUGGUUGGUCCUUCACUAAAGGGAUAUGAGGUGACAGAUAUGAUGCAAAAAGCCCUUUUUGACUUCCUGAAGCACAGGUUUGAUGGCAGGAUAUCUAUUACAAGAGUGACAGCAGACAUCUCAUUAGCAAAGAGAUCUGUGCUGAACAACCCAAGCAAGAGAGCCAUUAUUGAAAGAUCCAACACUCGGUCAAAUUUAGCGGAAGUCCAGAGUGAGAUUGAGAGAAUCUUUGAGCUGGCUAGAUCUCUUCAGCUAGUUGUUCUGGAUGCUGACACAAUCAACCACCCAGCCCAGCUCAUUAAGACCUCAUUAGCACCCAUUAUUGUGCAUGUCAAGGUGUCUUCUCCCAAGGUCUUACAGAGGUUGAUCAAAUCACGUGGGAAAUCACAAAGCAAGCACCUCAAUGUACAGUUGGUGGCUGCAGACAAAUUGGCUCAGUGUCCUCCAGAAAUGUUUGACAUUAUUUUGGACGAAAACCAGCUAGAGGAUGCAUGUGAACACCUUGCCGAGUACCUGGAGGCCUACUGGCGGGCAACACACACGUCGCUAAGUACGCCACUUAACCCUCUACUGGGACGCAAUCUGGGCUCCACUGCUCUCACAUCCUACCCCACAGCCAUCUCUACUCUGCAGAGCCAAAGAAACAGGAACAGGAAUCAUUCCAGCGAGCAUUCUCCAAUUGAGAGGCGCAGUCUGAUGACUUCAGCUGAAAACUACCACAACACAGAGCGUCAGCAGAAGAGCAGAGAGCAGUGGCCGCUGGUGGAAGAAGACUAUACUGACCCAUACCAGGACACAUACAAACCACACCGCAGCCGUGGCUCUCCAGGUGGAUACAGCAACGACUCGCACCACAGAACCUGAUUUGCUUAGUAUCCAGACAGAUAUCAGAUUAUUCCUUUUCUGAAGUAUAGUUCCUUGCAUUCUCCCUUGCACUGGUUACAACCAGUGGGUAAAGAUUGUGGCACACUUGCUUUAAUUAUAUUUGUAAAGUGUUUGUCAGAAAAAUUUGAGGUACAGGCAUCGUGUCAAGACCCUAUUGCACAUAUUUAGAGCGCACAAUUCCAGAUCAAUCUCGGUGUAUGACAUUUGUUUAUAUGGUGGGCUCAGGAACAGGACAUACAGUACAGAGGACAUAAAAAUUCUACAUGCCACUGCAGGGUUUUGUGAUGUAACACAGUCCACCCAGAUGAAACAAAUUUUACCACCUUAAAUUUGAUAUAGCAAACAACAGUAUCUAAGAGGAAAAUAAGUGCUUUCGGCAUUUAACCUAUCACAUAUAAACUCAUUCUAAAAAGUAAUUAUCACACACCAGUGAUCAAUUAAGUCUUUUAGAUUUACCACAAAAUAAAGAUUACCUGUCUCUGUACGAUUUCUUAAUAAAUUGGUUUCAUCCAAAUGUUGUAGCCACAGUCUGAAGAGAGCUUGCAAAAAAAUGAACAAAAUCAUAUAGUUCAAAGGUUUUAGUCUAGAGAGGAGUACAAGUAUUUUUUUAAAAGGACAAUGGAAUGCUAUGAAUCCCAUCAUCAACAAUUGGAGGAAAUAGGGCACAAAAGUGACAUUAAGAACACAAUGUUGCACCAAAACUAAAGACAGGACAAGAAAACUUUAAACUUUAAAAGGGGCACACCAUUUAAAGGAAUGUAUUACAAGUACUUAUCACUCCCUUAAUGUACCAAAACCGUAGAGGGAAGCUCUUUCUCACUAAAAUUGAAGAUAAUUUAAAUUAAAGUCAGUUUUAUUUAUACUGUAUACCACUUCUAACAGUGGUCAUUGUCGCAAAGCAGCUUUACAGAAUAAAAAACUUAUGUAACCCAUGUGGCAAAGUGUGUUAGGUUGUGAUCAGACCAAACCACAACUGUUUUGACAAAAUUCUCAAAGAUAAAAGAUAUCUUUACCACAAAAACAAGACAGCAAAGAAAAGUCAUGUGGGCAGCAGCA